AAUUACUCCAUGUCUGUGUUUCUCGUUCGUCAGCUCACUUCAGCUAUGCUUUUGCAGAGGUUAAAAACGAAAGGUAUCAGAAACCCUGAUCAUUCCAGAGCACUAAUUAAAGAAAAACUAACUGCAGAUUCUGAUAGUGAGAUUGCCACAACCAGUCUGCGGGUAUCUCUGAUGUGUCCUCUGGGAAAAAUGAGACUGACAAUCCCAUGCCGAGCUGUUACUUGCACGCACCUGCAAUGUUUUGAUGCUUCUCUUUAUCUUCAAAUGAAUGAAAAGAAGCCUACCUGGAUCUGCCCCAUCUGUGACAAAAAGGCAGCUUAUGAGAGCCCAAUAUUAGAUGGGCUCUUUAUGGAAAUCCUUAAUGAAUGUUCAGAUGCAGAUGAGAUCAAAUUCCAAGAAGAUGGCUCCUGGUGCCCCAUGAGGCCAAAGAAAGAAGCUGUGAAAGUCUCAAGUCCACAGUGCACCAAAUUACAAAGUUCCAGUGUUUUUAGCAAACUCUGUUCUGUGACAGUGACCAAUGAGGUAAACAAGGAGAAAGUUGACGUUGUUGACUUGACAAUAGAAAGCUCUUCUGAUGAAGAGGAAGAUCCUCCUGCCAAAAGGAAGUGCAUAUUUAUGUCUGAAACACGAGGAAGCCCAACCAAAGUGGUUCUUGUGUAUCAGCCAUCUACUGUCAGAGUGCCCAGCAUGACAACAGUUGAUGCUGCUAUUCCGCCUUCAUUAACAGACUACCCAGUACCAUCCCAUCAUCCACCAAUAUCCAGUUUUUCAUCAGACUUGCCAGGUCUAAAUUUUCUUUCACUAAUCCCAAUUCUGAACUUCAUUUUCAAGUCUCAGUACUAUCCUCCUAUGUUUUUGGAUAGUCUCAACUCAACCUUAACAAGCAAUCCUGGCAGCAUCAUCACAUCAACCAGCCACCAAGAGAGCAGAACGCAUGUUAGUUCCUCCAGCAGGAGCAAAACAGGAGUGGUAACCAGAAGUGAAGGAAGCACUCCUGACAUCAUCUCACUGGACUGA